CGAUCGGCUGUUCCCGCCAUGCACACGAAGUUGAGCUAGGGGAGAGGAGGACAGCAUGCAAGGUUCGAUCGCCAGCAAGUAUGGCAAGAGGUCUUCAGUGCGAAGACCAGCGAGCUUCGAAAACAACGUGUCUCCGUUCGAGUUCGAGAAUGGUGACAGCGAAGAGGAAAGGAUAAUAUCAGAUGUAGAUGCUGUUCUUGCGGUUGAUUCGAUCGCAAACUCAGCAUCACUGGCGCAGUACUCCUCCAUCAUGGCACAUGCACAAAUCAGUUUGUCACCUUCUGAACAAUGGUCAGCUGCAUUCUCACGGCAAGGAAUGUUCGGAAUGCUGGGAGAUGCUCAGUUGCCUGUGGUCUCGGACUCGAGCAAAGAGGCCAAUGAUAAUGACGAUGAAUUCUACGAUGAUAAAGUGACUCAGAAUCAUCUAAGGCUGUUGUAUCUGGUGUCGCUGUAUUCGAAACCUGCCGACAAUGAUGAUGAUCAAGAUGUUUGGAUAAGAUCGCAUGCUCUCUUGGUCUUGAUUUACGAAGGAAUCAUUACUGGAGUACUAGAUUAUGACUACUCCUCUUGUGCGAAUACUAUCGGAAAUGUCAGAUUAUGGAUGAAUGUAUCGCAAGAAGGCAAAGAUGAUCUUGAUGAUUUGCGUGAAAUGAGGUUCAUAAACACGAUAAAGUUGAGCACUGUUGAUCAUGGACUGGUCAUUGGCUAUCAAGUGUCAUUCAAGGGACAAAAGUUGCUAAAGAGAAAACUCACCCAGUCAUCCCAGGAUGCUGUUAACAGGGGUCGUGGCAUGACAAGUAAUGCACAUAGAGCAUAUGAGUCUGCAGCAGGAAAAUCAGAUAUCAAAGACGAAUAUAAUGAGGUGAUAAGUUUAGGAGAAGUCCGAGUCUUGAUUGGCGAAUGGGUUCCCUUCGGAGAUAAUUCGUUGGCAUCUUUGAUGGAAAAUUUUCCUAUGGAAGAAAGACUUGAAACCCCGCCUGGGCUGACGGGAGUUCGGAUACUCGAAUUCGAUCUUCUCAACUUUGUCAACUUUGAGGCUGAUAUUCAUUUUGCGGAAGAUGAAGGCAUAGUGGAAAACUUCGGUACUCAUGUGAGGACAGAUGGUUUUGUCCUCUACGCCAUGAAGAUUGAAGCAAUCAUGGAUCAUGGAGCUGACAAUGUAUCCCUCGAUCUGCUGUCGAGGCUUAUGAUGGAUGUUCAAAACGAUUCAACGAGAAUCAUUGAUUCUCUGGUGUCGGAGUAUCAAAGGAGCAUGCUUGAUGUUGUUUUCUAUGGAGAUCGAUCAUCACGUGACAAGUUCAACGUGAUAUUAUCAGAGAUGAUCAAUCCGAAAAUGAGUGCAGAACUAUAUCUUGACGCUGGUGAACAUGAAAGCGAAUUGAAACAGGUGCUUGGGGACACGUAUUCUGCACACAAUCUAUCCGAUGAUGAUGUCAUGGAUCCGAAUAGCAUCCAAGCAGUCAGAAAACUUAUGGCGGAGGUGUCAAGGAAAGUAGCAGAUCUUCGGAAAAAUGUCAAGGGAGCCUCUGUUGAACUUACAAGCAUUCAGAAGAUGACGACUGUCAUCUCCGAAACAUACCAAAGCAACUUGGUGGAAACGAUACAAACAAGCAACCAUCAGAUUUCCGAGAUUCAAAAAAAUCUUGACAAAUCCACUGCUCACGUUGCAAUUCUACAAACACUAUUUGGGGGCUACUUUGUCAUGCAAAUCUUUGAUAGGAUAUUUGGUCUCCAAUAUAAUAUGAUAGAUUCAAAGGGAGCAAGCCUUAUCCCAAGUUACAUGGACUCGCUAAGGAAAAUCUUGGUGAUUCCUGGAAUUGUAAUUAUCCUUACUUUCUGUCUGUGGUUCGUUGUGCAUCAUGCUGGAUUCAAACGAUAUUUCCGAAGCCUAACGAAGAACAGUCUUGUCAAAUAUAACUGGGUAUUGAGAUACGAUCUCAAUGUCCCAAUAAGUCAGCAAAAGCUCAAAGAGAUGCUAGCAUAUAAGUACGUAGACAGAGAAGUUCUAGAAAGGGACGAUGAAGGGCAUGUGCGAAAACGAAUUUCUUACUUGGAAAAAGACUUAUUGAAGUGGCGAGGACAUCCCCCGCAGAUUGAACUCGAAUACAACGAAAGCAUUCAUUUUCUGUACAAAGUGGUGUUCCUCAUGAACAGAGAUGAAGCUCAGCUUACAGCAGAGGAUAUUCACAACAUUUUCGUGGAGGAUUUGGCUCUUUCGAAGGUUAUUUCUUUAGAACAAUCCAAGUCAAUCAUCAAAAGAUAUUCAUUUAAAGACCAAGAAAAUCAGCAGGCCAAAGAAAAGCUUCUAUAGUACAAGUCAGCCUAGAGUUUAUCUGAACAUUUGUUUCUUCAGCGUCGUCGAAUAAUCACAGUGGGAUGAUGUAUUGUUUCUUUCAAGCAAAUUUCUGAUAUGCAUACUAUUGUUCAUGUUAGUGUGAUAAAGUUAUGCAUGGGCAUCGUAC